AUGGCGGACUGCAGAAAAAUCCCGUCACCUGAGUUGCCCGAUGAAGUCAUGCAAAUAAUUCUGUCUUUCCUGACUAACAAAAACGCAAUCCGGCAGGAAGCUUAUCCAAGGAUUGGUACAGGGCAUUCCGCACCCUCCCGAAUUUGGUUCUCGAUUGGGGAUCAAUCGAUGAAGAGAAUGUACCAACUUGAUCAUAACAUUGUACUACACACUUUCAAAUUGGUUUCGGGUUGGUCCAAAUUGGAUUGGCCAGAUGAUAAUGUUGUCACUGAAUGCAUUAUACUUGCCACGAGAAAAGGUGUGAAAAACCUGUUUUUGUCAAAUUGGAAGAAAAAUUUAUUUGAUUUUCCCGAACCAGUUUUAGAAGCCAACUCCCUAGUUGAACUAUUUCUAGAGAAUUGCCGUUUGAAGUAUCAUGAGAGAGUAAUGAGGCCAAAUCUCAAACGCCUGUCCCUUGACAGAGUAGAAUUAGAUCAAAUGAUGUUGGAUAAUAUACUCAGCAGCUGCCCUCUGAUUGAAUACCUGGAAAUCUAUUUUUGCUCAAUUUUGAACCUUCACAAACCAAGUGUCAACAAAACAACUUUUCCAGAAUCCUUCAUGAGAUUUGGUUCGUGUUUCUAUUUGCCAGAAUCUCAAUCCCAAUGUCUGCGGCGUCUAUCUAUUACUGUUAUCAAACUUGAUGCCGAAUUGUUCAUGGAAUUUUUGCAUAUAUUUCCACAUCUUGAAGAUCUAUCCAUCAUGUCGUGCAACCGCUUGAAAAGACUUAAGGUUUCAAGCAGCUCCCUAAGAAUAUUAAAGCUUUCAUAUAACAUUGAAUUAGAAGAGGCGCAACUUGCCGUGCCUAGCCUUGUUCUCUUUGAAUAUAAUGGAGAUGUAGGGCCGAGGUUAUCAUUUACAAACGCCCCACCUAGAUGGACAUCUCGCCUCAGUAUAAGUCACCAUGAAAAGGUAGGCGCUUUAUGGUUUUUGAAGUUGAAGGAACUCCUUAAAGGACUUUGCAGGUCUGAACUUCACCUUAAGAUUCUCUUUGACAUUAUAGAUAAUGCAACUUUCCAUUUUGAUGAAGUGACAAUAGGGGCCACACUUUUUGAAGUUGAAGAGAACACAGAAUUUUGCGCCACGAGUUCGCUAUCUUCACAAGUCCAGCCUGCGGAUUGUAGAGGAUUAGCUCAAACAAUCAUCGAUGGCAUCUUCUGGACUAGCCGCCCUCAUGUGAUAUCAACAAAAUGGGAUCGGCAUUGGGUUGGUUAUACAGAGUCAAUGUACAAGUUGCUGGUAUUAGGAGACAAGCCAUACUAUUUCCGUUCAGCACAAGGCAAGGUUUGGAAGAGCAGUUUGAAAGGUAUUGGGAUAUUCCAUUAUAAACUAGGUCGCCUGGGUAUGAAGUUGGACAAAAUGCAGAAUUAG